UCUAAAAGUGUAAUAAGCACCGGGCCAGGCCUGUAGUACUCUUGACCGUUGAUAACAUCUUGCAGACACUGCAUGGAGUUCUGAUGAACACUGAUAAACACCAUAACGUCUAACAACAUCGUUUUGUGCCAUUCCAACUUCACGCAUACUAAUCGCUCGAAGAGAAGCGUGACAUCACGUUGAUGACAAUCAGAUACUACCAAAAUUGUUUUUCUGAGUGAUGACAAGCCAUACAGGAGCACGUGACCCGAAAUGCGCACAAGGCAAGUUCUGCUCAUAAAGCAUGCAUAGCACGUGAAUUCACAGAACAUCUUUGGAAUAUCGAAAGGAAAUGGUUACACAAUCAUUUUGUGAACGUUUCAUGACCAGACUUCAAGUAAAUUUAAUUCUGUAUACAUUCAUUUGGUGCACAGCAACGUUUUUCUUCCGGAUUAUAUAUAUACGGCGGAGAAGUAACAGCACGACCUCGAGCCGCUGGGAGAGUCGUGAACAGCGCCUGAUGUCGGCGCGCCAGGAGGACGCGGCUCUGGUCUCCAGACCGGCCAGCAGCAACAAGGAGACGAGGGAGCUGGAGAAGAAGGAGGAGGAACUCGACUCGGCGCUCGACCUCUCGUGUGACAUGCCCCUGUACGACCAGACUGGUUUAAGAACGUACGAUAAAGCCUGCCAGAAAGUGGGCGUCAACCCCGUGUCGAGUUGUCGUAAAAGUCUGGUCAAGUCGGAAGCUCUGGAUCUGCAGUACUACGGACUGGGACCUCGUGGUACCAUGACGGUUGCCAUGGCGUUGUUGAUAAACCAACAGAUUACGAUCGUUAACCUCAAGGCCAAUGACCUGUCUGCUGAAGGAGGGCUGUACAUACAGAGGAUGAUGGAAGAUAACUCAACUAUCACACACCUCAACAUUGCUGAGAACAAACUAGGAACGCAAGGUGCUUUCAGUGUCGGUGAGAUUUUACGAAAUAACAAGGUGAUCAAACAUCUCGAUGUAUCAGGAAACAAAUUUACAGAUUCUGAUGCAAUUCAUAUUGCCAAAGCAGUUGAGGAUCACCAGGAAUUAGCAACAUUAAUUCUGAGUCAUAACCAAUUUGGUGAUUUGUCGUCAGGCACAUUUGAACAUAUGAUAGCUGAAAACGGUUCUCUCCACAAACUUGACCUGAGUUGGAAUCAUUUUCGAGGUCCUGGGGCGAAGAGAAUUGCACAAGGCUUAUCCGAAAAUGUCUGCAUUCGUUGUUUCUGUGGAUCGUGGAAUGGGUUUGAGGACGAGGGUGCGAUUGCUAUUGCGUCUGCGCUGGAACACAACUCGGUCCUCGAGGAACUGGAUGUUUCCUGUAACAGGAUUGGUCCGAAGGGCUACCUAGAGCUCAUUCAGGCGUUGGACAAAAACGACACGUUGGAAAUCUUACGGGUUGGAAGAAACUACAUCACGGAUGAAGCAGCUACAGCCGGCGUUGAGCUGCUGACGAGGAUGGACGGGGUCAGACUAAAACAGUUAGAUCUCUCGGACGUGAUUUUACUAGACGAGUUCGAGGACACGCUGUCGGCGCUGUACGACUCGCACCCCGAGCUGGAGGUCGCGUACGGCUACAGCCACUCGUACGGCAAGCGCAAGAUGAAGACCUACAACGUCGUGGAGGAGGCGCUCUCCAUCAUCCACGAGUACCUCCGAAUACACGACAUGACGAUGGCCGAACUCUUCAGUCGAUUCGACGCAGACGGCAGCAUGAGCGUCACGCACGACGAAUUCAAAGAAGGGUUGAAGGAAGCAGCAAUCCCGUUGUCCGAGGACCAGGUAGCUGACCUUAUAAUAGGUCUCGAUAGAGAUGGUGAUGGCGAAAUCGACUUCAGUGAGAUGGUAAUAACAAAUCAAGAAACCAUGGGUUGAAACAACGGAAUCUGACCGGCCAUGUCUGGUUUAUUUAAACAAAGACAAUACAUUUUGUGAUGUUGUUAUUUUCUUCAGAAAUGGUUUAAUAAGAAAAUAAAUAUAUCAACAACUAUUUGAACUGAACUUUGGAAUAUGUAUACAAUUCGCAUAUGACAUGGCUCUUUAAAGUCAAAACAGGAAAUAAACGGACGUUUGAGUUAUUCAGUAUUAUCUAAAUAUAUUGCACAUAAUGGCUGAAGUGUUCUAAAUACAUUGGACUGCUCUAGUCUAUAAUACUGUCACCCAAUACCCGAUGUGUAUUUUUGUGCUGGGGUGUCGUUAAACGUUCGUAAUAAUCUGUGGAAAUUCUUGCUUGUGCAUAUUGAUGAAAAUUCAUUGGACACAUUAUAUUUUCUUUAUCACAUUUUGAGAAUAUCUGUCUCUGAAUUGUGAGGAUACAAGAUUCAUAAAAGGCGUUAAUACUUUGCCAGGACUAUCGAAGACGUCAAACAGUGUGUGCCACAUAAGACAAAUGAAGUACACAACGAGUGGAUGCCUUAACAUACAUGCAUGUAUAUGUGUGACUUUAUAUGUUUAAACAAAAUAACUCUUGGGAAAAGAGCAUGUGAAAUAAAUCAUUUGUGAAAGACAUCAUUGUACAAUGUUCCGAUUUUGAUUGCUAAUGCGGUUUUAUUACUUCGCCUGAUACACACUUAGUGCUAGCACUGUUAAAAGACUGACGGCAUUUGAAUUUCUGCAGCCAUGUUUGAAUCAUGUGUUUUAAAAAAUAUUAAACUAAAUUUUUUAGAGACGA